AUGAACGCGAGUUUGCUCAACCCGUUCAACAUCACAUACCCGACCGCCGUGCAGACGUCAUUACCGUCACAGGCGCUGCUGGCCAAGUUCGACUCGACUGGACGCUAUGUAGCCGCAGGCCAGCACAACGGCGCGGUACUCGUCUGGGAUCUCGAAACACGUGCCACGGUACGCUGGCUUGAGGGACAUGUCCGGGCAAUAACAAACAUCGACUGGUCCCGCCAUUCGCGCUUUGUCCUGUCCUCAUCCAAGGACUGGAACAUCAAUGUAUGGGAUCUGGCAGCUGACUUCGAUCCUCCACAACCUCAUACAACCCUGCGCUUUGACGCAGCCGUACAAUGUGCAUGGUUUCAUCCAAAGAAUAGUCAGAUUAUCGCGGCCCUGACAUCCUCUGGAGACGCGUAUAUUAUUGAUUUGCGGUUAAAAUACAGGAGUCGUGUGGAAUUGGAGGAGCCGUACGAAGAGGGAGACGAGCCUCACGCAUCCGGCCACUUUUCUACGAUACGCUUCAAUCCGAGCGGCAAUUUGCUAUUCUGUGGAACCACGGCAGGCAUGAUCCUCGUAUUCAACUCCCGAACAAAAUCGCUCGUCGGUAGACACAGACUAUCCGGUGCGGGCGUCAUCCGCGGGCUCGAGUUCACAAGAGCCGGACACCGCCUGGUGACUAAUUCAUCCGACCGCGUCUUGCGUCAGUUCAAUCUUCCGAAAUACCCCAUCCCAUCCGAUGACUACUUCUACCUGGACACUGAGCUCGAACCCACGCACCGCUUCAGUGACCCAAUCAACAGAAACGCCUGGCACGUCAUGAUGUACAGUCCCGAUGGCGAAUGGCUCGCGGGCGGUGCAUCAGAUAAUGCAACGCACAAGAUAUACAUCUGGGACAUCGUCAACGAUGGUCGGUUCACGAGCACACUUGAUGGCGGACGUGAACCGCUGCUGCAUGCGCACUGGCAUCCAUCUAAGCCGUCCAUCGUAUCGACGACGAACCAGGGCAAUGUACUGAUCUGGCACUGCCCUUCGCCGGAACGUUGGGGUGCAUUCGCAGGGGGCUUUGAAGAAGUCGACGAGAAUGUUGAAUACGAAGAGCGUGAGGAUGAGUUCGAUAUUGAAGAUGAAAACGAGAUCUCAAAGCGUAAGAUGCGCGAGGAAGAAGAGGACGUCGAUAUCGAAACUGGUGUAGAGCUCAAUAUGGAGUCACCGCGCGUUAAUGGCGAUCUACACGAUGAAGACUUGCUUUGGGCGGAAGACGAACCGGAUGAAGACAAGCCUGGCUGGAAGUUGCGGCUGAUUAUGGUGGAAGACGACGACGAUAUGUAA